ACAAACGAACGCGCGAUUUUAAGAGCACGUUUAUAAAAUACGUUGUUUCUAGAUUUCAAUGUAGUAGCCUACGUCAUCACACAGUCACAUGUAAAAAACCCCGAUGAAGGCAUUCAGCGAGAUUUAAACACUACAAAACACAAGCAGCUGGUAAAAUAGCAGUUUACUGUCCAUCCGUGAACACACGUGUCUCUUUAUAAUAGAAAUGAGUAAUCGAGCAGACGAGGGAUGCGCCCGAAAACGAAAGACAGAAGCUGACCGGAAAUCAGAGGACUGCGCGAGGCCGGACUCUCCUGUCAUCGCCGCGUUCAGAGUCUUCCAGCGUGAGCUCGACACCAAGCAUGAUAAACACGAGCGUCUGGUGAAAAUCAGUCGAGAUAUCACCAUUGAGAGCAAACGCACCAUAUUCCUCCUGCACAGAGUGACCAGUGUUCCAGAUGUUGAGGAGAUCCUGAACGAGGCCGAUGUGAAACUGGACGGUGUGAGGCAGAAGAUCGGACAGAUAGCAGAAGAACUGAAAGGAGAAGAUUUACACCAGUUCCACCGAGCGUUUACACCAGGCAUUCAGGAGUAUGUUGAGGCCGUGUCCUUCCAUCACUUCAUCAGACAUCGCACGCUCAUCAGCCUGGAGGAGGUCAACGCUCGUCUGGUCUUCAUCAGAGAAAACAAGGGUGAAGGUGAGGUCACGUGGGCCGGCCCGAGUGUAUUGACCUUCCAGAUAACGCCGAUCGACUACCUGCUGGGCGUCGCGGACCUGACGGGCGAGUUGAUGCGCAUGUGCAUAAGCAGCGUGGGCAACGGCGACAUAGACACGCCCUUCCAGCUCAGCGGCUUCCUGCGGCAAAUCCACGACGGCUUCUCCUACAUCGGCAACACGGGACCCUACGAGGUGUCGAAGAAACUGCACACGCUGCGGCAGAGCCUGGGGAAAGUGGAGGACGCGUGCUACACCCUAUGCGUGCGCGGAUCCGAGAUUCCCAAACACAUGCUAGCUGACGUGUUCACCAGCAGGGCGGCGACACAUCUGGACCCGGAUGAGCCGAUGGUGUGAGAUGUGUACUUUCAUAUGCAUGUUGGACUUUGCAGAUAGACUGGGGAUAUUAUCGUGAGAGUAUUUUUAGUUUAAGGACUCAUUUAUUCUCUGUAUGUGUUUCAAUGGUUGCAUGUUGUUUCAGCUGCUGUAUUUCAUAAAAAUGGGAAGAUGCUU